AUGGUCCUCUUCAAGAACAGUUUUGUUGUACUCGCUCUUGCGGCCACAUCUGCUCUAGCCUCCCCAUUGGUUGAGCGUGAAACAACCUGGAAGUGCAAGAACAGCGGAAAGGUCCUGAGUUAUAAACAGACUAGUGCAGAGAGCAAUCUUCACCAUGCACCUCUCUCUGACGGCAAAACCGGCAGCAGUUACCCCCACUGGUUCACAAAUGGUUACGACAAGAAGGGCGAUGGUUCUCUGAAAGAAGGUCUUAAAAACCCCCUAGUCAAGUUUGGCAAUGGGGAGUGUGACAAGCCCCCGAGCCACAGCAGCAACGGCUCUGGCAAAGGCGACCAUUACCUGCUGGAGUUUCCGGUUUUCCCUGACGGCCACGAGUACAAAUACAACUCUAAGAAACCAAAGGAGGAUCCGGGCCCUGCUCGGGCCAUUUACACAUACCCUAACAAGGUCUUUUGUGGUAUUGUUGCCCAUACUCAAGGCAACAAGGGUGACCUUGUCCUUUGCGAUAAAUAG